AAAGGCCUGGAAGGCACCGGUCACACCUGGUUGACGUGGGCGUGGCCCCAUUCUCAGGUGCUUGUCCCCUCUUCCCGAGAAGCCCCUCCCUGGAGCCAGGGGUCUGCCCUGCCCUCCAUCUGCAAGACAAAAGGGGUCUCCUGGGUGGGAUGCAUUUAAGUCUCCCUUGACCCCUGGACCAAAGCCAUUGACCAUCAGGGAGAGGAAGAGGAUGAUGAGGCUCCAAGGAGAGGAGGAGGAAGAGCAGGCUGUGCCAGAGAAGAGCGGCCAAGGAGAAGAAAGAGGCGGGGGUCCAGGAGGAGACCCCAACCCCAACCCCAAGAAGAAGCAGCGGGCGGCCAAGCCCUACCGGCGGCACCCCAAGCCCCCCUUCUCCUACCUGGCCCUCAUCGCCCUGGUCAUCCAGGCCGCCCCACAGAAGAGGCUCAAGCUCAGCCAGAUCCUGAGCGAGAUCGAGCGCCUCUUCCCGCUCUUCUCGGGAGGCUACCAGGGAUGGAAGGACUCCAUCCGGCACAACCUCUCCUCCAACUCCUGCUUCUUCAAGGUAGGCUCCAACUCCAAGGCCCAUGCUCCUUCAUCUGGGUCUAGCAACAAUGGUGCUCAUAGCGGCUUGGCAAACCCGGGGAUUCAUGUGAUUGGGGUACUCCCAAAUCUCCCCUUUCAUUUCCAUAUCUCGGCCAAUGUCUGUUUCAAUUUAUAUUGUUUUUCAAUUAAUUUCUUAUUCAAUACCUGCUUUAGACUCCUAACUUGUCCUCCUCUGGCCCUUCUGCAGGAGGAGAGCGACAAGUGGAAGGGGAAGAGGAACUUCUGGCGGGUGGACGUGAGCCGCAUCCCGUUGGGGCUCCUCAAGCGGCAGAACACGUCCCGGGGCCACGAGCGGGGCCCCCCCUUCGUGCCGGACCUGGCCCCCUUCGUCCUGCAAGGGAAGCCCUACCCGCCCGCCCCGCAGGAGGGUCCCGACCCAAACCGGACCCCGACUAAGCGGGACCUUCCUUCCCGCGGAGCCUCUUUCCGCAUCGAGGAGCUGGUGCCCGAAGCCACGAAGAAGAAGACCCCCGAGGAAGAGAGCCCCCCGAUCCUAUACACACCCUGUUUCCGGCACUGCCCCCCUGCGAUGCCCGGCCACUGUGGGGUGGGGAUGGAUGCCCACUGUGUGUCCCCUUUCCCGCUCCAUCCUUUCCAUCCCUUCCCACUUCCUUCUCCCUCCACCACGUGCCUCAACCCCGCUUGCUCCUUGCUUGUUGCCUCUCCCGCCUUCAGCCUCCACCUUGGGCACCCCAGUGGUGCAGAAGCGGGGCAUGGCCUCCAUUCGACCCCAAUGGACCCCCAGCUUUGCUGUCUCUCUUACCCACCAGCGCCAGGUUGGCUCCCCUACUGAAAGGAUGGCAGGGGGAGACUGGUUGGACUGGUCUUAGCCCACAUGUGAUGCAGCAACACAAAUGGCCAAUGCGAUUCCAGGCUUUAGCAAUAGGACUCAAAUGAGAUGCAGAGCUAUACAAUGGAUGGCAUUUGGCUUGAAACUCUAUAUGAAACGGAUUUAGCCAAGGAUGAGCCAACCAUGUGGUGCAGCAGCACAAAUGGCUAAUGCGAUUCCUGGUUUUAGCAAUAGGACUCAAAUGAAAUGCAGAGUUAUACAAUGAGUGGCUUUUGUCUUGAAAGUCUAUAUGAAAGGGAUUUAGAAAUCUUAGUGGAAGCUGAGGAUGAGCCAACGUUGUGAUGCGGCAGCACAAAUGGCCAAUGCAAUUCCCGGUUUUAGCAAUAGGACUCAAAUGAGAUGCAGAGCUAUACAAUGGAUGGCAUUUGGCUUGAAACUCUAUAUGAAACUGAUUUAGCCAAGAAUGAGCCAACCAUGUGAUGCAGCAGCUCAAAUGGCCAAUGCGAUUCCAGGUUUUACAAUAGGACUCAAAUGAGAUGCAGAGCUAUACAAUGGGUGGCAUUUGGCUCAAAACUAUGAAAGAGAUUUAGCCGAGGAUGAGACAACCAUGUGAUGCAGCAGCUCAAAUGGCCAAUGCGAUUCCAGGCUUUAGCAAUAGGACUCAAACGAAAUGCAGAGCUAUACAAUGGAUGGCAUUUGGCUUGAAAGUCUAUAUGAAAGGGAUUUAGCCGAGGAUGAGCCAACUAUGUUGUGCAGCAGCACAAAUGGCCAAUGCGAUUCCAGGCUUUAGCAAUAGGAUUCUAAAAACGUAAUGCAAAGAAAUAGGAUGGGUGGCAGCUGGCUUGGAAGUCUAUAUGAAAGGGAUCUAGCGAUCCUAGUGAACCAGAAGCUGAGGCAACAGUGUGAUGCGGCAGCUCAAAAGGCCAACGUGAUUCCAAGCUGCAGCAAUAGGAUAUUUGAAAGGAUGUCACUGUCUUGUACUUCAAGUCUCCUUCUCUGGAACAGGCUGGAUGUCCAUCUGUCGGGAGGGCUUGAAUGGUGCCUUCCUGCCUGGCAGAAGGGGUUGGACUGGAUGGCCUUUAGGGGUCUCUUUCAACUGAUUCCGGGUCUACCCCCUUUCUUUGCCAUACACUAAAUGUAUUUCUUUGCAUGAUACGAAUUGUACAAAUCACAGCUUCAGAAUGUCCGGUGGAGAUGAAAUGGUGUCAAAAUACGUAUGUCUGUAAAAAUUAAUUUAUUGAAA